AUGUGUGGCUGUGCGACCGUGCACUACUGCUCGUCGGCAUGUCAGAGGGCGGACUGGCUUGCGCGACAUCGCUCGUCAUGCACGAACGCAGCCAACCGCGCCAGGAUGUAUAAGAAGCUUCGGGCCGAUGAAAUUGCUGACGAGUUCCCCCGACCGACGUACCUCGAGUUCCACUUCAUCAAGUGCAUCGCAGUCGAUGAAGUAACGCGAUUCCUUGAGACGGAGAACUCGGUGGAUGGAGUCACAUUCCUUGUCGAAUUCGAGGAGCAGACCGAUGGGCGUGUGCAUAUCUCCACUAACCCUGGGGUGAACCGCGCGAAGCCAGGCAAAACGCAUCUAUACGCACGGGUGAGCUGGGCUGGAAGCAUGGGAGCUGAUAUCGAACUCGCUUCCUUCGACUCGAUUGACAAACUGAAGGAGUCUGCCGGUUCGCGCGAGAUAGAUGGAUCUUGA